UGUACACGUCAUUAGUUGUUGAUAAAACCCUAACCUCUAAAUCAUGUUUUUCUUUUAAAAAUUUCUCUUGCGUGUUAAAAUACCGUUUUUUUUUUACCAAAACCCAUCAGAAGCCACCAACAUGUACCUCACACGAACUUUAUGCACUACUAUAACUAUCAUUUUAUGUGUAACUAAUUCUGGUAAUGGGCAUGGACAUAGCCACGACCAUGAUGACCAUUUGGACCCAAAUCCUGCUUUUAAGUAUUCAAAAGCCGCUAACGAGCAUAUAAAUACCAAAAAUGCUCAUUCUGAGAGCCCUUUUAAAGUGAAACAGCAAUUGGACACUAGUGAAAUAUGGCUUUAUGCCAUGGGUUCAACCCUACUUAUUAGUGCUGCACCUGUUGUUAUAUUGUUGUUUGUCCCAUUAGACAAUACAGACAAGGAUGCACCUUUAUUAAAAAUAAUGCUUGCAUUUGCAUCUGGAGGACUCUUGGGUGAUGCAUUUUUACAUCUUAUUCCUCAUGCAGCCUUGGCAGUUGCUGAAAAUCAAGAGGCACAUAGUCACAGCCAUAGUCAUAGUCAUGGUGCUGGGCAUGACGAUGAGCAUGUGCAUGAUAUGUCUGUCGGUUUAUGGGUUCUAGCAGGCAUUGUGGCUUUUCUGGUGGUAGAAAAGGGAGUUAGGAUCAUAAAAGGAAGCCAUGGUCACUCUCAUACCGCGAAAACACCUAAAAACGACAAAACAAAGAAAAAUGACAAGAAAUCCCCAUCAUCAGCAGAAGAUAUAAAAGUGGCAGGUUAUCUAAACCUGGCAGCAGAUUUUAGUCACAAUUUUACCGACGGUUUGGCCAUAGGGUCAUCAUAUAUGGCUGGGAAUACUGUUGGAAUAGUAACUACAAUAACCAUUUUACUGCACGAGGUACCACAUGAAAUUGGAGAUUUUGCCAUUUUACUGCAAAGUGGGGUUUGUAGGCGGAAUGCAAUGCUUUUGCAGUUUACUACUGCGUUAGGAGCUUUGGCAGGGACAGCUAUUUCUCUUCUGGCUCAAAAUAAUGCUGGUGCCCUGGCCGCGUCCUGGAUUCUUCCGUUUACAGCAGGAGGUUUUAUUUAUAUUGCUUUAGUGUCUGUUAUCCCUGAACUGUUAGAUGAGGAAAAACCAAGUGUUAAACAGACUCUUUUGCAAAUCCUUUUUAUGCUAUUUGGAGUGGGUAUGAUGGUUUUAGUGGCUGAAUUUGAGUAAUUAGGUUCCUUUUGUAUUGUAUUUUUGUGUGAUUACUAUAUAUUGUGAAAAUUUAAUUGUGUAAUAGUAACAAUUAAAGCUUUAUUUUAUAAA